UAGGGAUGAGAUAAGCCUGAAGGAAAGGGCUGCAACGUCAACGGUCAAGGGGCCUGACCGGAAUAGGAAGUGGGAGAGAAGAAGUGAGGGAAGCAAGACCAGGGUCGUCCUUUUUCGGUCUGGUGCAGUCGCCGUGAACAGACGUCAGUGAAGCGAGCUAACGGGAUUGGUAGUAACAGCUGCUAACAUUAGGUGCGAGGGAUAGGGUACGUGUUUGGACUUAACACAGCUGGACGGCCAACAACGAGAGCUCUUCAUAAGCUACCGGCUCCAAACAAACUCACAUGGGUAAAUGUGAUAAAGGAAUUCCGUUUAAAGAAAGCUUCCAAAGAAUUAAUUUUUUAUAUCAGGCAGCCUACUUAACUCUGACGGUCAAUCCACAAAACACUGGUCUUGUCCGUUUUUACAUCAACACACUGAAGACCAUUGCACAGAGACAAGUUCUUAGACUAGACCCUCACUUAAAACGAACGAUAUGUAAAAGAUGCUUCAGCCUUUUAGUACCUGGAUUGACUGCUACUAUACGAUCUCGAAGGCGCAGAGAGAAGCACACCGUCGUUACCUGUUUAGAAUGUGGCUUAGUGAAACGGUUCCUUUGGAGACCUGAUCACCAAUUGUGGAUAGACAAUCCUGCUGCAUGGUUGAAAAUGCCAUCUGAGGUAGACAACUCAACCAUGACAACCACUUCAUCUACACCACUUGAAGGUGCUGUGGCAAACACCUCUGCUUCAGUAAAGGACUUGUCCCCACAUGGCAUCAGCCAAAAGACUGAAACUAAUUCUAAAACACAAGAAUCUACAUCUGAAAUUAAUGCUGAAACUCUCAAUACUGGAAUUUCAUAAUAUUAAUUAAAUAUUAGUUUAUUUUAAUUUA